AUGGCCUGGCCGUCGGCGGAGCGAGCGGCAGCGUCAGGCGGGCAAAGCCCGAGAGCGGCGCAGACCCGAGAAGCGUCCCGCCACGGCCAGCAGCAGCGCGAUCGCCAUCCCAGCCUCGCCGGGAAGAGAGAAGCGGCUUCCCACGAACGGCUUCCCAGCUAUAUCAGGGACCGCAUCCUCCCCUUCCUGAUCAAGACCCCCCAAAAGCUGGAGCCGAGCUGCCCCGGAGUCUGGCUUGAGUGCCUCGGUUGGGUUGCCUUUCCGACGGCGUGGGAGGCGGAGGUCACCCUCUGGCAAGCCUCUGGAUCGCAGCCUCAGCGACCCGGAGAAGGGAGCGCGGUCGUGUGUAGGGAUCCCCUCGCCUCCGCGAAGUGCAGCCACCGCCACCCCGCCCGCCCGCUCGCCCGCCCGGAUCCUGUUGCCCCGGCGUGGUUGAUCCUUUCCCCCCAACUUCCCAUCCCCUUCGCCCGGACGCACCUCGCCCUUUCCUCCCUCGCAGGACGUGGCGGCGCGUCCGGUCCUGUUGAGGCGGCUGCGCCGUCGGUCCUCUUCCCCGGCCGAAGAGCGGCCCGGCUGGGCGGCGGGGGCAACGGGGCGGCCGCGGAUCCCUCCGGCGCCCUCUCCAGCUUCCUCAACGGCUCCGGCGUCAAGCGGCUGCCCCAGGCCGUCAUCAUCGGCGUGAAGAAGGGCGGCACCCGGGCGCUGCUCGAGUUCCUGCGGGUGCAUCCGGACGUGCGGGCGGCGGGCGCCGAGCCCCACUUCUUCGACCGCAACUACGGCCGGGGACUCGCCUGGUACAGGGAACUGAUGCCAAGAACUCUUGAUGGGCAGAUCACUAUGGAGAAAACUCCCAGCUACUUUGUCACCAAGGAGGCGCCGGCUCGUAUCUCCGCCAUGUCGAAGGACACCAAGCUCAUUGUGGUGGUGAGAGACCCAGUCACCAGAGCCAUUUCGGACUACACCCAAACUCUGUCCAAGAAGCCAGACAUCCCCACCUUUGAGAGCCUGACCUUCAAAAACAGGACUACGGGCCUAAUCGAUACCUCCUGGAGUGCCAUCCAGAUUGGCAUCUACGCCAAGCACCUGGAGAACUGGCUCCUCUAUUUCCCCAUUGGGCAGAUCCUCUUUGUCAGCGGAGAGAGGCUCAUCAGCGAUCCCGCCGGGGAGCUGGGCCGAGUCCAGGACUUUCUGGGACUCAAGCGGAUCAUCACCGACAAACAUUUCUACUUCAACAAGACCAAGGGCUUCCCGUGCCUGAAGAAGGCGGAAGGGAGCAGCAAGCCCCACUGCCUGGGCAAAACAAAAGGGCGGACCCACCCCAGUAUAGACCAGAAGGUGGUGCAGCGGCUGCGCGAGUUCUACAGGCCCUUCAACAUGAAGUUCUACCAGAUGACCGGGCAUGACUUUGGCUGGGAUUAAAGCUGAAAAAAAAUAAUAAUUUAAAGAAAUAAAAAGGGAAAAGAUAUAUUUUUGUAUAGAAGAUUAGAGCGGGGAAAUUAAUAUUUGUGCUAAUGUGUGGUGGUUCCAAUUAAUAUUUUCAUCUUGAUGGAAAUGUCAUAGUUUUAUGUUCUACUUGUUUUACUGUUCAGGCAUCCAGCUCCACAAGUUCAGAAGACUGUCUGUUGAGGUCUGGCAAAUGAGUUCAAUGUGAUCAUCCUUCCAGCUUUCCAUCUGAAAUCAUCAGGGUUUUGUGAAGUUAUUUGGAGCCACUGAUCUGUCAUUUUUGAUGUCUGUGCCUAGAUUUUAUUUUUAAUGACAAAAGAAUGGUCAAUCAAAAUAAUCAAGACUGGAAGGUAUUUUUCAGUUCUACUUACUGUAUGGUAUGAGGUUUAGAUUUAAAUGUCUGCAUUACUAAAAUGGCCGAGAAGAACAGAAUUUUCAGAGUUUGUAGAGCAUAUAAUGAUGUAAACUCAACAACACUUUGCUGUCUGGUUCAGAUUUUUUGCUCACCUGAGCCCCACCUGAUUUGAGAAGGACAACACAAUGUUAACAUAUGGCUAGAUUGUACCUAAUACAAUUAGGAAUAGACAAAAAGAGUUUGGAAAAAUUACUUUUUUGGACUACAGAUCCCACCCACCUCUCUCACUAUGGUUUAGCAAGGGGAUUCUGGGAGCUGUAGUAGUCCAAAGUAACUCUUCCAAGCUCUUAAUAAACAGUCUGUCUCUGGCUCCACCAUAGCAUUGCCAUUUCCUAAGAUCUGAAAGCAAGGAUAAAUGAUAUCUUUAGCAGACCACUAAAAAGACUUCUCAUUUCCUAAGGUGUAACACUGCUUAGCUGUUUGUACUACUUAAGCUAAAGUACACCCUUGGGAUUGUGUCAUUAGGCAUUUACCGAAGAGUAGUCUGAGGCCUUGUCCAAACACAUGACUCCAAGCCAUGAUGUUUUCUCAAAGAUCUAAUAUCCAAACUAAUUAAGAUAAAGUAUCUUCGUUGUAGUUUGAAGGCACUUUCAAAGCUUUAUUUCUCCAUUCCCUAGCACACCCACCUGUUGUCUCCAUAAAGCCUUAUAUUGGCUCAUAUUUCUCUACCCACAGCCCGUGACAGCUGGGCUAAGCUGAAGAGUCAACAGUAGGGACAGAGGAAAAGUAAGCCCUUUCCCCUGUCAUCUCCCCCACUUACACUCAAGAGGUCAUGAGGUCACCACACAAUCCUCCUAACCUCCUGUCUUAACUCAGACUGUCCCAUCUCUAGCCUUAAACCCUGUUCUGGCAGGGUCUUCUGCCAUAAAGCAUCUGGGUAAACAUGUUAUAAUCACCCGAACAAUGGGGAGAAAGUAGCUAGUAGUUCACUUGAGAAUGAAGCAUAUCACAAAGCUGGCUUGCUGCAGCCCAUAAUAACUCUUCUGUGAGAGGUCUUUCCAAGAAUGUAAUCCAAUCCAAAUACGAUAUAAUCACCAAUUCAAGAGAUUUUUAUAUGAUGUCCCACUGGAUACAACAGAACAGGAACAGUAGCUGUGCUUCUUGGAAUAAAACUAGAUAUUAAAGAUAAUACGUGUUCCCUAUGAUCAACCUGUUUUCUCUCCGAUAACAGGCUCAUGAGUUAAGCCUGUACUGUAUUUGUCUUCCAAUAAUCAUUUACAAAAUAGAGCAUGCUAAAUGCCACAUAUGUGGGUGAGGAAAAUCACAUCCUAUGACACCCAGCUGUCUUUCACCACUUAAGAGGGCACCUCUGGAAGAACAAGGUAGUUUGAACUUCAGUCC